GAUUCGCCACACCUCGAAAGGGGGCGGAGGAGGCGCAGAAGCCGCGGCUGCGCAGGUAUAAAUCCGGGCGCUGGCACACCGCAUUUGGGCGCAGCACCGAUCGAUCGAUAGUGUUCAUCACACAGGUCAAGCGUAACGCGCGUCUGGCACUCGCAUAAACUGAACAGGGACUGAAUCGACCAUGGGCGGCGGGCACGACAUGCACGGCCACAACGGCGGUGUGAAGGGGUUCGUCUCCAACCUCGUCCACGGCGGGAAGGGCCAGGGCCAGGGCCACGGACAAGGAUAUGGCUACGAGCACGGCUACGGCCACGGGUACCCUCCUCCUGCCGCCGGCGCGUACCCUCCAUCGCACGGCUACCCGGCGCACGGCUACCCGCCGGCCGCCUACCCUGCGCACUCGGCGCAGCACGGGCAUAUGAACAUGGGGGCGUACCACACCAGCCACGGCGGCGGCGGCCACCACGGCGGCAAGCACAAGGGCGGCAUGUCCGGCGGCAAGUUCAUCAGGAAGUGGAAGUGAAGCGCUCGCUCGCGCUGCCUCUACGUACGUACGUAUAGUAUAGUAUAUCUGCCUUAGCUAGCCAUGCAUGCGCGCUCCAUUUGUACUUAUACCUAAAUAAAGUGUAAGCAGCCAGGCAGGUCGUUGUACGUACGUGUGCUUGUACGUAGCCGGUGAUUAAUACGUAUCUACCGUGGCGUAUUACCCCUACGAAAUAAAGUGAGACGUGUGCGUGCUCAUAAGAAAGUAGUAAUGUAUGUAA